UGAUACGGAAGUGAAGCGGAAGUGGUCAUCAGAGUGGCAGCAGUUGAACAGCGCGCGGAGCUGCUAGAUGAUUGUUAUUGAUUGUUUGAUCCGUUUAACCAGUUUAUUAUAUUAUUAUUAUAUAUCUGACAGCUCGGCGUGAAUAGUCCGGUUCCUGUUGCUGGGUCGGUCGCUGUCUGACUCGAUGGCGGAGGAGCAGACGGUGUCUCUGGUGGAUGUUCUGGAGGAAAAUGAAGAGUUGGAGGAAGAAGCUUCAGCCGUGUUGGCAGGAAGUGACUCUGAUCUCUGCUCCUAUCCUCAGGGCUAUGUGAAGCGUCAGGCUCUGUAUGCCUGCAGUACGUGUACUCCAAAGGGCGGCGAGCCGGCCGGCGUGUGUCUGGCGUGUUCCUACAAAUGUCACGAAGGUCACGAGCUCUUUGAACUCUACACCAAGAGGAACUUCCGCUGUGACUGUGGAAACAGGAAGUUCACAGAGCUGCAGUGUAAACUGUUUCCUGAGAAGGACGAGCUCAACACUCAGAAUAAAUACAGUCAGAACUUCUUUGGCGUUUACUGCACCUGCAGCCGGCCGUACCCCGACCCCGACGACCAGGUGGAGGACGAGAUGAUCCAGUGUGUGGUGUGUGAGGACUGGCUGCACGGCAGGCACCUGGGCGUGGUGGUUCCAGACGGUGUGGAGCUGCAGGAGAUGAUCUGUGAAUCCUGUAUGAACAACAACUCUUUCCUCUGGACCUACACGGCUCACCUUUCAGUUCCAGGUGCAACAGUUGAGGUGAAGGAGGAACCGAACACAAAUGUUCCUAAAGAAGAGGAAAAGGGUGAUGAUGUCAUGGAGCCCAGCUGUAAGCGGAGCCGUGAGGAGGCGGAGCCAGGCUGCAGACUGAAGGAGCUGCAAGAGAUUGGUCAGAAAAGGGUCCAAUCAGGAGCCGUGUUCUGGCCGUCAGCGUGGCGCUCCAAACUCUGCUCCUGCAACACCUGCAAGGAGCGUCUGUCUACAGCUGGCCUGUCCUUCCUAUUGGACGAAUCGGACACUGUCCUGGCCUAUGAGAACAAAGGGAAGAGCAGCGAGCAGAGACACCAAGGACCCGACCCGCUGAUGUCAGCGCUGGACAACCUGAACCGAGUUCAGCAGCUCGAGAUCAUCCACGGGUACAACGACAUGAAGACGGAGCUGAAGGACUUCUUGCAGAGAUUCGCAGCAGAAGGAAAGGUGGUGACAUCUGAGGACAUCCGUCAGUUCUUCGAGCAGCAGCAGAGUCGUAAGAGACGGCGAGACGACGGACGCUUCUACAGCCCCUGAACGCCUCUGUCUGUUUCUGUUUUUAAUGUUUCCUUUUUAAUGAAAAGUAAUAAAAGUCAGUCAGCUGAAUCCUGA